CCGCUAUGUCGCAAUAAAAAGCCGAAAGAGUCUAGUCUAACCACGAGAAUAUGCUUUCUUCUUCUCUUUCUCUUUCGUUUAUUCCUUUCUUCCUUCACAGAUACUAAAAGUAUCUCUGCUUUACUCUCUUUUUCUUUUACUCUUUGCGUCAUUGAUCGGAUCAUGGAGUUUUUCCUGGAGAUGCUUCUCACGGCGGUUGUUGCGCUUCUGUUUUCUUUCGUUGUGGCAAAGCUCGUAACUGUGUCUAUGGCCGGGAACAGCGAUCGGAGUUCUGAUCAGGCGGAGGAAACAGAGAACGGUGUUGUUGCGGUGGAGGAGGAGGAGGAGCUUUGUUCUGGUUUGAAAAUGGAUGCUCCGGUGGUCCAGAACGAGAGGAGACUCCUAGUUGUUGUUGAAGAGAAUGCGGAACUAGUGGAUGGGUUCGGAAGGGAAGCUGAUGGAGUUGUUGAUGAAUUCGAGGAAACGGGUAAAGAGGAAGACCUGGUGGUUACAUCCGAUGAGUCAUUGGCGGGUGUCUCGCCGGAAAAUGUGAUAGACGAGGAGAUGAUGGUUUGUGGAGAAGACAAGCAGAGAGACUCGGUGGAAGAGCUUAUUGUUCGGACGGUGGGAGCUGAGUCCACUGCUUCUGUCUCGCUGGAAAACUUGAGAGCAGAGGAGAUUAUGAUUCGAGGGCAAGAGGUGGGAAGUUCAGAAGUUGUAGUCUCAGAAUGUGAGGAGGUUAGAGUUGAAGAAAGUAAUACAGUGGAGGAGAGUGAGCAUGAGAUGGAGUUGGAUACUAUAGGAGAGAAAGAGGAGUUGAGCAUUGAAGAAGAAAAGGAUGAUGAUGAUGAUGAUUGGGAGGGAAUAGAGAGGAGCGAACUUGAGAAAGCCUUUGCCACCACUUCAAAUCUUUUGGAAGAAUCCGGGAAAGCAGAAGAGAUUGGUGACGAGGCUAAGAUGGAGUUGUACGGACUGCACAAGAUCGCCACUGAAGGGUCAUGCCGAGAGACACAGCCUAUGGCCAUCAUGGUCUCUGCUCGUGCUAAAUGGAAUGCGUGGCAAAAACUUGGAAACAUGAGUCAAGAGGAGGCAAUGGAGAAGUAUCUUGCACUUGUUUCAAAGGAGAUUCCUGAUUUGUUGAAUAAUUUAGGGAAGUUGCCAGAAACAGAAACCUCUGUUGUCUUACCUCCUAAUUCAGGAUCAUUAGAAGAUCCGGCCACCGUAGAGACAACUGGUGUUGAAUCCAUCAAAAAUGCAAGCUAGAGGCUUAAGCUGACUGUAGUCAAACCAUAGCUCCGAUGGCACCAGCCCACCACCAACUCAUUUCUUGACAAAGCGGGACGAAAGCCAGAGAGGAAGAAGUAGUUUUGUUACAGAGAGCCGUUUAUCUGAUUGUCUGUUUUAGAUUUUUUAUUGUCGUUUUAUAAACGAAUAAUCCUAUAUUAAAGGUUAUAAACUUAUAAAAACGUGAUGUUUAGUCUAUUAUAGAACUUAUAGUACAAUUUAUUCGAGUUUGUUUAAUAAA